AUGAUGAAGCCCGAGUUCUCUUACUUUUCUGUAUACUGUUUGUCCUUUUUUCUUCUGCAAGUGGUGAUAUCUUCAGAGAAGUUGAUGGUAGCUACUACUAGGAGACACGUAUUAGCUAGAGCAGGCGGCCAGGCGCUCAGCUGCCAGGUGACUCCACCACGCAGUGCAGAGCACAUGGAGGUGGGCUGGUUCAGGAGCGGCCACUCCCAACCUGUUUACCUGUACAGAGGUGGCCAUGGACGGAUCGAGGAAGCUGCACCUGAAUACUCGAAUCGCACAGAGUUUGUGAAAGAGGCCAUUGGGAAGGGCAAAGUGGCCCUCAGAAUCCACAAUAUCAGCAUUUCAGAUGACGGGCUUUACCAAUGCUCGUUUAAUGACGAUGGCUUCAGUGACGUGAGCACCAUGAACCUCAAUGUGACGGCUGUUGGACUGGAGACACAGAUAUAUAUUCAGGCUCCCGAUGUUGAUGGGGUCAUGGUGGAGUGUAAUUCAGGAGGGUGGUUCCCAAAGCCUCGAAUGCAGUGGAGAGACAGCAGGGGGCAAGCCCUUCCACACUCCUCAAAGUCAUAUUCCCAGGAUGAAGCCAGACUUUUCCACAUGAAGAUGACUCUUUUCCUCACAAACAGGUCACAGGGCACCAUUACUUGCUGUAUUUUCAACCCUGUAUCGGGUGAAGAGAAGCAGACCAGUAUCAUCCUAGCACAUGACCUCUUUAAUCGAGACCACGUUUGGAUGAGCAUUUUAGCUUUCACUGCAUGUAUAAUGCUCGCUGUAUUUGUGAUAUUCAUCGGCUUCUUUAUAUAUCUGAAGUGGUCUUCAUCUGGAUGCUUACCUAAAUGUCUUCAUGUGUUGAACUCAGACCCUGUUCAAAUACUGAGUUUCUUAGCCUGUACCGUGGUAAUCUUUGCUGUGUAUCUGCCAGUCCGGAAGAGAGUCUCUCUUUCAGAUCCUCAGUUUUCCUUAUACAACAACUGGAUAACUGAAUUGCUAAUUGUGAUAAUUUUCCUGACGUUAUGCUUUGUCUUACCAAUCAUCGCCUUAUUAUUAAAGCAACUCACAUCCUCAUCUACGUGUCUGACAAAACAUGAGAAGAACAAUGAUGACAUCAUGGACAGCCUCACUGGACUGGAAAAAGCCCAUGAGGUCUCAGUCCUACAUACUGAAUUAUAA